AUGAUGGCGGAAGAUUUGUUUGGGAGCGGAUAUAAUUUUCUCGAUCUUUAUUUCGCUUCGUUAUUCACAGUUACCCCUGACGAUCUUUGGACACCGUAUAAAUGUCUUCUCAAUAGUAUCGAAAGUUAUCUGGUUCCAUCAUCCGACUUCAUCGACACGACGCACGCCGCUAGUCUGGAAGCGUUGCUGCGAAAGCACAAGCAGAACUUCAUCUCGUUGCUAAAGAAUCCCCCCAAGAACGCGAAAUGCCGCGAAGCCAUCAAACAGGGCAUCACCGAAGGCAUAACGUUGCCAGAGUUUGGUCACACGAUCCUGUCCAAAGAGUUGGUGGACGAGAGUAUUAUCAUUUCCGAUAUGUUUGAUAUGAACGAAUACGUCGCUCUAGAAUUGCUAUGCACUUCCCAGCAACAAACCAUAAAUCAUCCGGGACUGACCCGUGGAUUAGUUGCGGUACUGUUGUAUUAUGAUGGGCGUAAAUCACUUGUAGCUAGCCUGAAACAGCUGUUCAAAUCCCGAGCCGGUGUUUCCUGGUGCACGGACGCUCCGCCCGAGGUAACGCAAAUCGUUACCAACUACACCGAUGGUCUGGUCGCGGAUGGUCUGUUAGAGCGAAUCAUUGAUCUAGUGCAGGAGCUCGACAUCACGAAAGAGCUCGAUAUACUGACGACGAACCGGGCUCUGGGGCCUCCAAAGCACCACCGACAGGUGUUGGAUUUGUUCGACGAAAUCAGACUUUUGUUGGCACAGUGUAUCUACUAUUCUGCCGCUCAAGCUGGUCUGCCGAGAAACGCCACUGUAAAGCUGGUGCAAUAUCUUCGUGGCUACCAGUGCUCCGAGCCAAGCGGAGGCAUUGACGACGUAACAGUAACGCUUCAGAUGGCUCUACUGUACGCUCUGGAUUUGAGCGUCCUACAACGGCGAGAAGAUGGAGAAGAGUUAGUUAAAAAAUUACCUAUGAUCAAGGACGAUCUGUACAUCGAUUUCCUGAUGGAUGCGCUGUCAAACGGCUGGGAAAACGAUGGGUUGCACGCACUGUCGCUUUUCGCAUUCGGAUUAUCGAUUGCAACGCUUCGACUGGCACCCCAAACACUCGUGCAGGAUGCGUCAAAAAUGAUCGACCAGGACGAACUACUCGUCAACGGUGCCAUUCAGGGAAAGGUGUUCGAUUUCCUUUAUUACACCUUUCUCGGUAGUGAGCUCAUCUUCGAUACGGAGUUCUUCUUUCGUCGAUUGCACACUAUGUUUACGGAUUUUAUUGAGUUAAUGCACUCAAAGGUAACGGAGCUCCGUGGUCGGGCUGAUGAAACUGCCCGUACUGUGCAGGUAUACCAGCAGCAGGGUAUCGAACCGCCGGCAAACCUCUGCCGAAACUUCGAAAUGUUACUACUGUCGGUGGGCAAGUUCUACAGCAACGAUCAUUUGCAACUGAACCUCAGCUUGGAGUACUGGGGACCGUCGGAUUUCAACCAGACCCUACAAGGCCACCGGGCUUCCUCGCGGUCGGUGUGUCUGUUUAAGUUCAUCCGGCUCGCAGGCGAACUGCUUCCUCCGACACUCUUUAUUCCAUAUCUAAAAAUGCUAGCUGGACUUAGUUGCAAUGCACACUCCGCCCGUAGUGCGUUCAAUCUGCUCAAGCAGGGAAGCUCAUACUCGGGGAGCAGCACUGUUUCAUGGGAUCACUUUUUCAGCUCACUCAGUGAGUAUUACCUCAACCUGCGGCAGGAACAGAACCCGCAGUCGGAGACGGUGUACCGGAAUCGAUUGAUUUGCAAGAGCAUCAGCCCUCAGGAGAUUCUCGGACUGCAGGCGGUACUUCAGGUGGUGCAAUCUGUUGCACGGCACGACGAACUGUCGCGUAUUGCUCUGUGCGAAAACGACAAGUGGGCAUCGCUAAACGUGCUCGUGGGGUUGAUUAGUUGCUCCGUUCCGAUUCAACUAAAGGCAGAAAUUGUACGUACGCUGGCCGCACUAUCCAGCAGCUUCGAUAAUGCGAUCAAGCUUUGGCAUAAUCUUGAAGAUUCGCAAAUCAUUAAUACGGUACCGUCAACGAGCAAUUUCAAAACACGUGGCGUAAUAUCGGAGCUUGAGGAGGUAGAGAGCCGUAACGAAGCGUACCCGUUAACGCAGGCUAUGCUUGAAUUCUUGGCCACUUUGAUGCGCACUGCUGUGCCGGAAGACUUGGGUGAAGGCUCACGAGCCCCCGGCAUUCAUCCGUACUUAUCGUACGUAAUCGAUACGGUGUUAUUGCGUUUGUUCAGCCGCAAUUGCAAGGAUGCGGCCGAAAAGUGGCAGCUGGCUCAAAAAUGCCUCCAGAUCGUGCAUAUGUUUGUGAGUAAUUUCAACUUUAACCCAUCAAAUGUGGCCAUGACUAAGGAGCUGAAAGAAGGCCGAACGCCGCCAGUGUACAGAAUUUUGCUACAGCUCAACACGAAAUCAGACCUACUGCGCUUGAUUCUGCACGUCGUAGACGAAUCGAUCGUUUGUUUCGAUUCGUACAUGCCCUUUCCGGGCAAGAGCUCUCUCGAAGCAGCUUCACUGCUUUGUUUGCAAAUUAUCGAAAAGACGCUAAACCUGCAGGAAGAUUUUUUCAACAUGCAUCUUAAUACACCAAGUCCAGUCAACAUAAACGGGAUAAGCAAGCUACUGCUAGGAGUGAACCCGCGCAGCGGUACUGCUAAUCACAUGUUGAACAUCAUGAAGCACAUUUCCUACAGCACGUGGUUACCGGGAAACAGUCUCGUCGCACUGCGCAUUCUUACCAUCAUUAUGACACAGCCGGAUGUUAAUCAGCUCAUUCUGGGGUUGGUCACACAGACUGAUGCGCUUAAGAACGAAAUACGUCAAGGAUUCGUUGAGUGUCUGGAUGCGGAUCUGAACAUUUCAGAGGAAGCCGACCCCCUACUUGUAGCAACCCAACUGAACGAUACCAAUUGGAUAGUGAACGGUGGGUUGGAAUCAGAAUCUUCGUCCAGCACUGAAACGUUUGUUGCCACAAGCAUCAAGAGUGCGGUAAUUCAUCUUAUACAGGAGUGUUUGCAGCAACCGGUCGUUCCAAAUUUGGCGCACUAUCUGUUAGGGUUCGAUCUCGGCAAGGAUCUGCAUUUGACAAGCCUUCAGCAACCGGGAAUCAUGAACUUUCCAAGCAACUGCUCUAAGUCGCUUAUCACGCUGUUGGACAAGCAUCUGGAGAAUUUAAAGUCCGGCAAUGUUCUUUCGACAAGCUAUAACAAAUUGAUUGAAUACGCAUACCGUUUGAUGUUUCAAAUAUGCCGCAACUUUCAUACAUCGGAGGUGUUUCUACGAUUUCUACGCUCGUGUAAUGAUUUUCUUUACCGACACACGUCGUCAUUACCCUUUCCAGACGCGAAAAAUCCCUACCAACUAAACCAAAUGACGUUCCUGUUGAAAGCCAUAGUGAUCGAACUGAAACUGACGAGCGAACGCAAUCAGGCGACUCAGUUUGAAACGAUAUGUAAAAUAUUGCUCAAAAUUAUGAACGCUCCAGUGGUUGAGCCGGUGACGACGGGAUUGAGUGACUACUACACGAAUACAAAUAUGAGCUUUUCGAUUAACGCCACAGCCGAUAUGUCCACGACAGCGGUAGCCUCUACGAAGGAGUCUAGCGAAACGGCUAAGCGGUUGCUGUGCAUCUUACUCGACUGCGUUGACUUCGAAAUCAAACAGCUAGAAGAACCGAUGUGGAAUUACUUCAACGGCACGGUGUUACACGAACUCUUGCAAAGCUGCGAGGUGUCCGUCUUCCCGAACUCUCGAAUGCGACUGAUCGAUACAAACAAGCUGCACGAAAUUUUGCGCGACGAACUUGACUCGAUACACACGAUCGCGACUGGUCAGCGAUCGCAUAUUGUACAGGAAAUCAAAACCAUACUCCAAUAUGCGGUGCAGCUGAACACCCAGCGCAGCAUCUGUUCGUCCACAAUCAAGUUCCUUGAGGCGUGGGGUCAGGUAACUGAAGUGUUGGUAUGCGUGACACCUACCAUAAUUAUGUCGCUCGACACAAAGCAAAUUAUCAUAACGGAGAUCCUGCAAAUUAUGCUCAGCAAGGCGGUACCGAAGCAAAUCAUACCUGAGCUAGCCAAUAUCGCAUCCUCCACCAUCUCGUUGCUGAUGGUGAACCUUAGGAGCUGCUUUCUAUUAAAAUCCGAGCAGAUGUCCAUUCAUAUGCUUUCUGAGCGGCACCAGAAUGGAAGUUUCAAUGGGACCAAAGGUACUCCGUCCGGGUUGAACGACGAGUUGAAUGUAAGCUCGGUUCAACAGCAACGACACACGGGCACCUAUGUUUAUCUCGAGAGAACGAACGCACUUAGCUUGAAAUUCAUCCUUAAAAAUAUUCUCGAUUGGCUGCUCAUCAGUAGCGAUGGCUCUCCGCAGUUGAAAAUGAAUCUGUACGUGGCAUUGUUGAACUACAUGUACAUCAUUAAGGGCAAUCGGGAUAGUCUCGAACGCAGCCACAAAUUGGAAUCAGAAAAGGAUAAUAGUCGUUCGUUUCUCAAUAAUACCAUCAUCAACGCAGGUCGUAAACCAUACGGCACAGAAACGGAGGAUUACAAACACCUCCAGAUGAUCAUGGACAUUUUCAAUUCGUUCGGCGAUAAUUUGAUAGACGUGAUCUGCCAGGACUGCACGACUGGGCACGACAUCUGUAAAAUGCUGGCCAUGUCCUGUCUGGAUAUGCUACUAAGUAUGGACGCGUCGAUUGAUAUAGUGGAGUUUAUCGCACGCCACGGCUACCUUUCGCACAUCAUCAACAGCCUCCUCAAAAAGGAUGGCGAUCUGUGCCGGAUCCUGCAGAGCAACCCGAACACAUUACGGGCGCUGUAUGUGUACGAAUCGAAGAUGGCUCUGCUGACGCGUAUUGCACGCAGCCAGAUUGGGGCUCGAAUGCUCUUGGAAGAACACAUUCUAGGAGUGCUCGGCAGCAUGAAAGUGUACGAUCUGCAUCCGGAUGUGCAGAUCCUGAAUGGUAGCACCCUGCAGCAGCAUUCGUAUGCAUCAGCGAUGGCAGCAGUCGCGGCGGCAGCUUCCAAUUCGGCUUCAUCGUCGUUUAUUCCACCAGUCGAGGCACGUUUCCAGCAGAUCCUCUUUCCCGCCUUGAACCUCUGCGAUGCGAUCCUGUCAACGUUGGGCCAGGAGAACAAUUCGGCGCUUAGCCAGAUCGUACACUUUUUCCUAUCGCACAGCGACAUGAUCGAAACUGUACUGCGGGCAGGAUCGCCUUCGAUGAACCUUGGUCUACUGAAGGAGCUGGCCGGAAUAACGAACCUGAUCGCUAGAUCAGCAAACCAGGAAAUCUACGAACUUACUGACCCGAACGCCAAUCAAGCCUUUGGUAUGCAGUUAUACCGUUUGCAGAAGUUCAUGCUGGCUCUGCUACCGCGUUUUAUCGUUUCGGAACAAACGCUUAAGGACCUUCACCAGAACAGCACACUGGCCCAACCGUAUGGUGGCGCUGGUGGUGGAAUCGGCAUUAGCAGCAGCGUUAACUAUAGUAGUGUACUCAACAACAACGUGACCGGGAACGAUCAGAAGCAACGAUCACUGCAUUUGAAAUAUUUCCUGGAAGUGGCAGCAAACCUCGCGCUGUACACGCGCAACUGCAUCUCAAAUCACGUCGUCGAUCAUCGAACGAUUAAUGUGCUGUUCUCACCACACUACAGCGGAAGUGAAGGAAUGACGACAACACCGGGGGCAUCAGCUGGGUUGUUGGCAACGCUCCGCCAAGACACGUUACGUUCAUCCACAGAAGCUUCGUCGUCUGAUGUGCCCCACAGUUUGUAUGUGGUGAUUACUCAGCUCAAAUGUACGGUGGAGUUCUAUCAUAAGGAACGAAGCGUGUUAGAAAGCCUUCAGCAGCAACGAAAUUCAUUGCCCAGUAUUGAUUUAGACAAAAAUAUUCAAUUACAAUAUAACUUGUUGACCGAACGCGUGAAUUCAAAGCAAGAGGAAUUGCAGAGAAGCAUCUUUAUAAUCGAACAUUAUUUGUAUGUUCUGUGGGCUCAUUUAGACUUCUUUAUGCUACGAGUGCUUCCUGUAAAUAAUCGCGUCGGCAAUUCGACUUUCUCCGGGCACAAUUUUCAAUCGGGUAAAAAUGAUUCCAGUUGGCGAGUAUCAAAUGAAGACAUCAUCGCGCUCAAAAAAACGUUGAUUGGUGUAUUCAACGAAACGUUCUGUAAGCAGCUGAUCGAAACGGAACAGAAACAAUCAGAGAAAGGCUUUGUGGUAGCAUUUAUUAGACGAAUUAAACAAUCGAUACAGUUUGUACCGGUGAAAUGAAGGUGACCGAUGGUACGUGUGCCUAACGCCGGUAUCAACUGAGAGUAAGAAAGUAGGAUGCAUUGAAAUUGACCAUUCGAUGUAAUAAGCUAACAGCAUUGUCACAAUUGCGAAACGUUAAAGUUAUGAUGAAUAAAACAUCCU